AUGGGCAAACGAAAACGACCAUCGAAGGUCGCUGGUCCUUCUUCGCCCCCCCGCAAAAGCUCCGAGAAAUCGCAAAAGCCACUUAACGCAGAUCUCCUGGCUACAGAUAAUCCUGAGAAGAAAGAACUGAAUGCAAACGAGGAUGGGAUGGACGGGAACAACGAAAACGAGGAACAGGCGGACGAGAGUACUGAAAAGGAGAAUGAGGAGGACGAUUAUAAUCACAACGAGGUCGAGGGAGACGAGAAUGACGAGUUAGAGGACAAUUCAGAGACGCUCCCGAAAUCAACAACGGCAUCAAAAGUGAUCGACUUGAAUGAAAUCAAGAAGUUCGGACAAAAGGUUGACCGAACUGGAUUGGUCUACGUAUCUCGAAUCCCACCCGGCAUGGGGCCGAGUAAACUGAAACAUCUGCUCUCCAAGUGGGGUGCGAUCGGAAGAAUCUAUCUGGCCCGAGACGAGAAAGCCGAGGAAUCGAAACGAAAGUUUAACAAGAAGGGCAAGAUCAGGAAGAAGUUAAAAGAUAAACAUCAAAGUUUCUUGUUCAAAGAAGGAUGGGUUGAAUUCAUGGAUAAAAAAGUUGCGAGGAGGGCCGCUGAGAUGUUGAACACUCGUCCAAUCGGAGGAAAACCAAGCGAUCGAUACUACUCCGAUUUGUGGACAUUAACUUAUUUGCCGAAAUUCAAAUGGACCAAUCUAUCGGACCAGAUAGCUAUCGAACGAAGAAUCAAGGAACAGCUGGUUCGAAACAGUCUGGAAGAGAGCAAGAUCUCACAGGAUUGGUAUCUGGGUAUGGUCGAAAAGAAUGCAACCAAUCAGAAGAUUCUCGCGAAGAAACUCAAGAGGAAUCCCGAGUUGUCAACCGCCGCUAAGGCCGGUAAACCCUUGGAUUUCAAACAGAGAGAGUUGCCCACCGCUCCCAACCAGCAGGGAUCCAAGCUAAAAUCUGUCCUGGAUGGCCUUUUCUAA